AUGGCCCGUGACCGAUUUCCAUUACUCAGUCCACAAGAAAUAGCAACCUGUUUGCAGGAGUGCGACUUUGCCAUCAGCGAGGCGCAGGUGAGCCGUCCCACACGGGCGGCCAUCGAGCCGGUCAUCGCCGAGUGCGUCCACUUGUUCAUGGGGAUUGACGAGCGCAGCCUCGACGUGGAAAAGACCUUGCUCCUCUACAAGCUUGCGGAGAGGUUCUUCAAAAACAUAGGAGUCAGUGACCUUCUCGUCGGGGAUAUCACCCGGCCGCAGCCACGCCGCACGCAGCGGUUGCUCAGCGCGUUGGUCAACUAUAUCCGGUUCCGGGAGCAGCUCUCGCAGGAGUUUGAAAACAAGGCCCACGAGGCGGAGGCCGUCGUGGAGGCAGUAGAAGCAGGAGAUGCCCGUGCUAGAGAGCUCAUGGAACAGAUCCAGUCUUUCCCCCAAACCAGUUUUGACCAUGUACGUGUUUACAACCGGCGGCUCGAGGGCCGGCUCCGCGCGAUGAAGCAGGAGCAGCUCGGACUCACCCGCGAGCACGAGGCGUACCGGGGGAGGAAGCGGGAGCUCGCCGCGAAGGCGGAGGACGUGGAGUUUCUCCUCGGGGAGGUCCAGGAGCAGGUGGAGGAGGUAAAAGCGGUGUUGUCGUUGGACGUCUCGGUGGUGGAGAGGGUGGUGGACGACUUGCGCGGGGAGGCGACAGCACAGGCCCAAGCUGCUGCAACAUUGGAGUUGCGGUUUUCACGGUUGGGGCGGACCGUCGACGCGGUGCAGGUUACUAAGGUUAAAGUGAGGGAGCUUGUCAAGCUAGCCGAGGAGGUAGCGAGGGCAAAAGAACUUCAAGAGCAAAGCCACCAGGCGCUUGUCCGGGCUGAGGACGAGCUCGGCCGGGUGAGGCGGGAGGAGACAGACGUUGCAGAGAUGUACAGUGUGGCCAGGAAGCAGUUGGACCGCACACGGAGGAAGGCGGAGGACACGCAGGCGCAGUUGGAGCAGCAGGUGAAACAAUUAGCCGAGGGGUUAAAGUCAGCUCAGGCGGAGCUUGACUCUAGUAUCGCCAGGCAGGCUGACAUGCGGGAGCAGAGCGAGGCCACGGUGGAGCGCAUCGCGGGGAGAGUCAGGGAGACAAACACGAUAGAGGAGGAGUUUGUUAGGGAGGCGCGCGCGGUGGAGGCUAGGAUGGGGGAGCUAGGCUUGGUGCUAAGACGGUACAUGGACGCUAUAUGA